UCACAGAAAAAAUGGAGUUUGGACAUCUAAUCUUUUUAGCUUUUUUAUGUCUAACACUCAGAAAAAUCGAUGCCUCGCAAUCUGCCAAAGAUUACUGGGAUUCUGUUUUUCCAAACACGUCAGUGCCGGAGCCUCUCCAAGAUCUAGUGUUUCCUCCAAAGAAAACCAAUUUGCCGAUCAAAGUGAAUGAAGAGAAGCAAUAUUGGACUCUCUUUUUUGAACACGACCUUCAUCCUAGAAAGAUGAUGCGUUUGGGUCUUCACAACUAUUCUGAUACAAAGCCAUCCACAAGAACAACAAGCCAACCCUUUGGUGCAUGGUUACAAGCAAAAAUAUCAGAGAAAUAUAGUCUUGAUGAGGUUUGUGGGAAAGCAGCUGGUAAAGGAGAACACAAGUUUUGUGCAGCAUCGUUGGAAUCAAUGAUGGGUUUUGCCAUUUCAAAGCUUGGGAAGAAUAUAAGGGUGGUUUCAAGUUCCUUUGACGAGAAUCAUGAUCGAUACAGCGUUGAGGAAGUGAAGAAAGUUGGAGAAAAAGCUGUUAUGUGUCAUAGGCUGAACUUUGAAAAGGUUGUGUUUUAUUGCCACCAAGUCAAUGCAACAACAACUUAUAUGGUUCCAUUGGUAGCGUCCGAUGGAGCCAAAGCUAAGGCACUAACCAUUUGCCACCAUGAUACAAGAGGCAUGGAUCCUGUUGUGCUUUAUCAAGUUCUCAGAGUCAAGCCUGGAACUGUACCUGUUUGCCAUUUUGUUGGCAACAAGACUCUUGCUUGGGUACCAAAUCUAGGAACAAAGGAAUCUUGUUCUGCCUAGAUGUUAUAUAUAUAUCUAAACAUGUUUAAUCUAUGUUAGUUUCUUAUGAACAAUAAUGAAGUACUUUCAUGUGGGUGUUCAUGUUGUAACAUGAGUUGUGUUCAAAGUGAUGUCUAUGCAUAUGAAAUGGUUCUGUGUUUCAAAUGGAUUAUUGUAGUUUUAACCU